AUGUUCGAAGAUAGAUCCGUCGAACUACCAGAUUUGGAAGAAACACAAAUAUGGGAUAGCCCAAACGUAACGGUUUUUUUUGUUUUGUUUUCAAUCUUGAACGCAUUCAUGAAUACAUAUGAAUAUUUACACCAGCUUAUCCAAUGGAUAGGAGUCCAUUGAAUUCAAAUUUCGUUACCUAUUUUCAGAGAAGUGGCGUUGUAUACAAGUACCAAAAAUGGAGUGGUACAAGGAACGGAGCUCGGUGUCUUCGUCCUCCCUCAUAGAUGGACUUUUGCCACCCUCAAAGCAUGUGUGCACGAUUUUCUUGCGAACCAAUUUGACAGAAGAAAGAAAGAUAUCAAAAUAGACAGAAUUUAUUACAAGAAGAGUGGAAAAAGCAGGACGGUAGUUGCCGUAAAUGGGGACAUGGAUAUAUCAGCAUUGCUCGAUGAAUAUCCCUUGACGUUCGCUUGUCGCAGGAGGAAAACGGGUCCAAGAGCAAAGAUCAUCAUGGCUGUUGACUGGUCACUAGCGAAAAGGCAUGAUGGUAUGUGUGCGGCAGAUUGAUGCUUGUUUAUGUUGAUUCUUUGCAUAAUUUCUCAGUAUCGUUUUCUGUCUUUUACAAUGGAUUUAGAUUCCAAUUUGUCACCUGUCACAAUUACACCUCGCCGUUCCCCUCGCUUGGCCUUGACAAGAUCGACAAGCACGGCUACGUAUGUACCCGUGACGGCUCUUAUGGAUGUUUUCGUAUUCAAAGUGAUGAAUACCAAACAGAACGAGCCCAAGAUUUCAAAGUCGUCUAUUCUACUACAAGAUGUUAAUGAAGAGUGUACGCUUUCUGUGCUGAAGGAGCAACUGAGAGCUUUUGAUGGGUCGCAGAAUUUGUUUGUGCCUGCUAGUGGCCUCUUCUGGCUCAGAAAGGGAGGUAAGCAGAUGGUUCAGCUGAAAACAGAAAAAGACUUGGCGUUCUGUAAAGAUGAGUACAGGGACAAGGUUAAAGGACGAGUUAACUCCGUACGUGUUGCAUGCGCAGCAGUAUCAGUUGAAAAUUUAGGUAAGCUAGCUUUUGCAUUUUUAAUUCGUUUAUAUUAUGCUUAGUCCGGGCUUAGUCAGUGGAUCUUUUCGCUUCAGUCUAUUUAUAUUCUGUGACUCUUCGUAGCUAGCUGUUUCGCUUGACAGCCGGAUUUGCUGAAGGGCACGCCUGAUGUUUAUCUUUUGGGAUAAUACAAUGUGAUAAUUUCGUUGCAUCUCCCGGAAAAAGCAGUCGCCCCAAAAGUGGCCACUUUGGUUUUUUUGCCUUGUUUUAGUUCUGAGCCCAUGUACUUCUUUUAUAUUGUUUUGCCUGCCCAUCCCUCCUACUGGAUUAAUGCAGAAAGUUGAUUGAGUUGGUUGGUCAUUGCAGGAGCCAGUAGUUCUGCUGUUAAAAACCCUAAAAGGUGCCUAGAAUUUAGAACUGGGGAUGGCAGAGACCUAGAGCUAGUGGCAGCUGCAAGUGCCGCUGAAGGGAUGGCAUCAAAGAAGAUAAAGACAGGAGAAAAUGACUUGUGGAAUGACGUUCACUGCACACUUGUAAGGGAUCUAGAAAAAAAGGGCAUCGUAAAUCGGUAUGGAGUAAAGCACUUGAAAUUAUGGACUGAUCAAAUCGUUGAAGGAAAAUCAGCAGGGGUAGGAGAGGAGCCAAAAUGGGAAAACUACAUUGAUCAAAUCGGCGUACCCCCAAAGCCACCAGCUAGGCAAUCGCCUCAGGGAGAAAUGGCAAGCAAACAGAAAACAGCAACAACAGAUGACCUUUUAAAGGCAAUGAUAAUACAGAAUCAGCAGAGAAUGGAUUUAGAAAGCAAGCGAGCGGAGACAUUCCAGAAUUCUCUGCUAGCUUUAAUUGCAAACAAGUCCAAUCCUGAGCAGUCACUGGUAUGUGAAAAGUCUUAUAAAAUUAAUAAUGUGCAGUUUCAGGAAAUAUCCAUAAUCACCCCUCAGAAGGAGUUUUGAUGUACAUCCCCUCCCCCAAGACAUUCCAGUUUUAGUUAAAUACACUGCAUUAAAAAAAUAAUAAUUUUAGGUUUUAUGACCCCCUCCCUCCCCUAGUAAUAUCCCACUAUCAUCAGUCCAUGGGUUGAAUAUAUGGAUUUUUUCUGAAACUACACAUUUUAAUCUUCCUGCUUACAGUUGUACAUGUGUGAAGGUCAAGGGUUUCUCUUAUAACCAAUAAUUUUUCCAGCUAAUCCAAUAAUAAAGUUGUACCUGGCAAGUAAGUUCGCUGGGAUCUUGGUUAGUUGUUUAUAAAAAGUUAGAAUAAGAUUAGGCAGGAAUGUAUCUAAAAACAGGAGCCAUUUUUGAGAGAAAUUUUACUAGGAAAAGACUGAUAAUAUACAACUUGAGCUCAUACUAAAUUCAGUUUUUAUUCUCUUUUUGGUAUUUUGUAGAUGAGUCCUUGGAUGCAAAUGCCAGCACAACCCUGUGAAGAGAGAAAGUCACCGAUUACUCAAUACACACUGGCAAAGUGCUGCAACUUUUUGGAAGAACACAAACUUGAAAAGCUAAUUCCACAGUUUGUACAAGCUGAAAUGGAUGGCCCUUUGCUGGUAUCCCUAUGUAAUCCCCAUAUAAGCAACUCCAUAUUAGAAGGAAUGGGAAUUGUAAACAGAUGUGAUAAAGAGGCUCUCAUUAAGGCAGUAAAAGAAAAGAUGUCAGGAAGACAUCCUUAA